AUGUUCUGUGAUUGUAAUGUAUGUCGUCAUUAGAAUUGGCAUUGUUCGCAUUUUUGAUGAUAUUAUGAUCAUGUAAAAGCCAAAAAGGAGUUGUGUCAAUGUGAGAGAGUUGAAACCUAACCUUAAAUCGUAUAUCGGUGCAAUCCCAGUGAAAACAUUUUCAGCUGAGCAGUAACUGACCCUCGCGAUUGUUACUAAACAGAAUGUCUUAUGGCUGUUUAUUGCAAUUCAUCAAAUACGGACAAAUGGACAAGACUUGUGUUGUGAUCAAUUGAUGUCGUCUUUACAAUUUUCGUGAAACGUCCCAAUCAAUUUCCAAGUUUCUAUUUUUUGUCAUACUUAUUUGUUUUGACGCUGCCUAUGAGUUUAUUUUGUUAGUUAUAUCGUUGUCUUGUUUGUGACGCGUUUUUCGACGUUUUUAUUUUGUGACUUUUAAUUGUUUUUUUACGCGUGUGAACAUUUUCUUUAAUAUUCCUUCGUUACAUUCACUGCCACUUUCAUAAUGGAAACUGCAGCACUAGUGAAUACCACCCCCUCAUCUAAGCUUUCCGAAGAAGUAGGCUGGCGGCCACACAAACGUUUCUCGGAUCGUGAUAACUCGGAAGCUGAUGAUGGCGAUGACAACUCGUGUGCUUCGAGUGACAUUGAUCAGGCCCAAUCGAAACGUUUUAAGGGCAUGCUAACCAAAACCAAUUCCAUGGAUUCCUGUUUUGAGUCGCCAGUUAAUUUUACCUUGAAGCACAAGCGUCUACCACAACACGAGUCGCGUUUCCAGGAGAUGCAUUUGCAAUGUGCGCUAUCUCCCAUUAGUGAAUUAUCGAUGAAUUUGACCGACACAUCUUUGAAUGGAGACGUGGAUCAUGGCUUCGAAGAUGGCAUAACUCCAAUUAAACGUCGACGCAAUAUGCCACGUAAGGUUGGCAUGGGUGUUGGCGAUCUUCAAAGCAUAAAGCAGAGUGACGAAGAUGCCAGGAUGCUUGCAACAAAGGACUAUGAUAAAUUGGGCGACGAAGAAGAUUUUCAAAUCCCCCGAAAUGGCCGCAAUCCCUUAUCGCGUCGCCUGAAUUUAGAGGCUUCCAUGACCAUGGAUGAUGACCUCUCAUUCUACAAUGACGACCAUGUUGUCCAGGAUCGUCAUUUCACUGCCAGUCCCCAAUUGAUGGGCCUCUUGUCGCCGGAAGGCUCGCCACAACAUUUCCAAAUUGUGGACAAAUCCAGCAAAUUUUUGCACAGUCGCAAGGCUUUGGCUUUGAAGGGCUUUGCUGCACAAAAUGUCAAUAGCACAAACUCAAACACCCCCUCGAAGGGUGGAUUUCGGGUAUUCCAGAGCAUGUCCUCCACCGGCUCCAUGGAAUCAUCUAUGGAUGAUGAGUACAUGGAAUUUUUCGAUAUGGAACCCACACAACAACAGCAGCAGCAACAACAACAAAAUUUCCCCAGCGAUUUGAGCUCCCUGAUCAGCGGGCAAAUCAUAAAAAAUUCUCCGGUGAAAACACCCGAAAUGCGCCGCCCUUCGGUGAGACGUUGCCUCAGCAUGACUGAAAAUACCCAAUACCAGCAAAAGACCCCUGAAUCAUCGCUAAACAAUACGGCGGCCAACCGUUUAAAUGGCAACUGCUGUUUCAAGCGUCCCGAACCCCCAUCCACCACCUGCUCUCCCAUUCAAUCGAAACGUUACCGUGGUGCUGAAAAGGAAAAUCUUGAUGGUUCCUUCAGCAACACCUCAAACAGCGCCAAUUCUUCGCCUGCCUCCACAUCCGCAAGCACCGCAAACGGCGUGGCAGCACGCCCCACUUUACGCAAAUGCAUGUCCAUGAAUGAUGCGGAAAUUAUGUCUGCCCUUAAUCGUUCCGAAAACACCGACGAACCCGAUUUAAUCGGCGAUUUUAGUAAACCCUACGUGUUGCCCUUGAUUGCAGGACGUCAUCGUGAUCUCAAAUCGAUUAGCUGCAAUACCGUCGCCCGCCUCUUGAGGGGUGAGUUUGAUGAUACGGUGGCCAACUACCGCAUCAUCGAUUGCCGUUACCCAUAUGAGUUUGAGGGUGGUCAUAUACGCGGUGCCAAGAAUCUCUAUACCCAAGACCAGAUCAUCGAAGAAUUCUUAUCGCAACAAGUGACCGAAUUGCAGCAGGCCCGCAAUGAGCAAUCCGGCAAUAAGCGCAAUAUCAUUAUCUUCCAUUGUGAGUUCUCCUCGGAACGUGGACCCAAAUUGUCGCGUUUCUUGCGCAAUUACGAUAGGGCACGCAACACCAAUGCCUAUCCCGCCUUGGACUAUCCCGAGGUGUAUUUGCUGCACAAUGGCUACAAAGAGUUCUUCGAAAAUCAUGUUGAUUUGUGUGAACCCCACGCCUAUCGGCCAAUGCUGGAGCCAUCUUUCAAUGAAGAAUACCGCCAUUUCCGCGCCAAGUCAAAGUCCUGGAAUGGUGAUGGUCUGGGUGGCGGCACAACACAGCGCAUGAAGAAAUCUCGUUCUCGUCUAAUGUUGUAAAUCAAUGCGCGAAGCUCCAGCUGCAAACACCGCCUGCCUGACCAAAACACCCGCCCGCCCAACCAAACACAAGUCUAUGUAAAAAGUAUUUGUCAUUGUUAUUGUCAUUUUUAUUUAGUUAUUAUUUGAUUAUUAGUUCUUUUUGUUGAUUUUUAACUCUUGACCCCAGCCCAGCCCGGCCACAACCCCCUCUCACCCUCCAUCCCUUAUCCUGAACUUGAAUUUAUUUUGUAAUCAAUGAUUUAUGUGUUCUGUCUGUCCUCCAUCUAACGACAAUUGUAAAAAUUCCAAAAAAAAAUCAAAAAAUCAAAGGAUGCGCAUUGACCACCAACCCAACACUUACCCAACUUA